AUGACUGGUUUUGAGCAUAAACGGACGACCGCAUACCAUCCACAAUGCAACGGUCUCGUGGAGCGCUUCCACAGGCAACUCAAGGCGGCAAUAGUAUGUCACGCUAAUGACCAGUGGACAGAAUCCUUGCCGUGGGUCUUGCUCGGUGUAAGAACCGCAUUUAAGGACGAGUUACAGGCUUCGUCGGCAGAAUUAGUAUACGGCGAGCCGUUAAGACUACCUGGCGAAUUUUUUGAGGCCACAGUACCCGGAACCACUGAUAUAUCAGAAUUUUCCGCUCGCCUUAGAAAAUUUGCUGAAAACAUACGUCCGGUACCCGCUUCGCGGCACUGCACCACAAAAUGUUUCAUCCACAAGGAAUUAACCACCAGUGAUCACGUCUUCCUACGUGAGGACGCAUCACGUGGUUCACUCCAACCCGCUUACUCUGGCCCACAUAGGGUUCUAACUAGAGGAGAUAAAGUUUUUAAAAUACUCCACAAAAAUAAGGAAGUCACGGUUUCUAUAGACCGAUUAAAACCGGCUUUCAUUCUUAGAGAACAAGAUGAGGAACCCCAGCCUGAAGUUCACAAAGACCGUAUCACUCGCUCUGGGCGGCGUGUGAAGUUUACAAAUUUUUAUCGCCCCUGA